AUGCUGGACUUCUUCGCCAUCUUCAGUAAAGGGGGAAUAGUGUUAUGGUGUUUUCAGGGGGCUGGAGUAACUGAAUCCUUCGCAGGCCCCAUCAAUGCGCUCAUUCGCUCCGUAAUCCUCCAGGAGCGCAGUGGGAACAAUUCCUUCACUCACAACGCCUUAAAUCUAAAAUACAAGCUGGACAACGAGUUCGAGCUUGUGUUUGUGGUUGGUUUUCAAAAAAUCCUGACGCUAACCUACGUGGACAAGUUCAUAGAUGACGUUCAGCUUCACUUCAGGGAUCGUUAUAAAAACGAACUAGAGCAGAGAGGAGCACUGAAAUUCUUGGUGAACAAUUUUGACUUUGAGGAUGAGUUCAACAUACUUCUAAGGGAGGCAGAAGAAAGCAGCAGAGAAAAAGCCCCCGGGCGCAUGAGGACCUUCAACCAGUCUGAGAAGUCCCGGAAAACUGUGAAGUCUAUGAUUGAGAAAAAGGGAGAAGAUAAAAGUAAAGAGCAGAGCAGCAAGAAGAAUAAACCCCCCCCAAAAGAAGCUGAAGCAACAGGAGGGGCACAGGUGAAGACGGCCACUCCUGCUGUCUCCCAAAAGCCAGCAGAGAACGGUAACCAGGGCUUGACCAAUGAGGAGCUUGAGAGGAACCGUGCCGACUUCUUCCGCAAACAGGCAGCAGCACGAGGGGAGAAAACAGGCAAGUCUCCGAAACCCCAGCAGCCUAAGAAGAAGUCUGGGCGAACGUGGGAUCUGGGUGGAGUCAGCACCAAAGGUCUGGACUACAGCGAAACCAAUGGCAACAGUUCCCCUGACAACCCGGAGCAGGAAAAGGAGAUCUCCUCUGAACCGAUGAUCCAGGUGGACUCGAUGAAGGGCGAGUUGCGUGCUAUUUGCUGUGAAGAUGAUGAAGAAGAGGGAGACGAAGAGGAGAAAGUGGUUGUUGCUGACACCAGCAAGAAAGGAGCCAAAAAAGGUGGUUUUGGGGGGAUGUUCGGGAUGUUUAAGGGUCUGGUGGGCUCUAAGAGCCUGACCCUUGAAGACAUGGAGCCAGUUCUGGACAAGAUGAGGGAGCACCUCAUUGCUAAGAAUGUAGCAGCCGACAUUGCCUCUCAGCUCUGUGACUCUGUGGCCAAGAAACUGGAGGGCAAAGUCAUGGGCACUUUCACCACUGUGGCCUCUACGGUGAAGCAGGCUCUGCAGGACUCUCUGGUGCAGAUCCUGCAGCCAAAGCGGCGUGUGGACAUCCUGAGAGACGUGUUGGAGGCACGCUCCCAGAAUAAGCCUUUUGUCAUCACCUUCUGUGGAGUCAACGGGGUCGGCAAAUCCACCAACCUCGCCAAGAUCUCCUAUUGGCUGAUUGAGAAUGGCUUUUCGGUGCUGAUCGCGGCGUGUGACACGUUCCGUGCGGGGGCCGUGGAACAGUUGCGGACCCACCAGCGCAGACUGAACUCACUGCACCCCCCUGAGAAGCACGGCGGACGACCCAUGGUCCAGCUCUACGAAAAAGGCUACGGCAAAGAUGCCGCUGGCAUCGCCAUGGAGGCUAUUUCCUACGCUCGUAAUCAGGGCUUUAAUGUGGUACUGGUGGACACAGCCGGGCGCAUGCAGGACAACGCUCCACUGAUGACUGCCCUAGCCAAGCUGAUUGCCGUCAAUGUCCCAGACUUGGUCCUGUUUGUGGGCGAGGCACUGGUUGGCAACGAGGCCGUGGAUCAGCUGGUUAAAUUCAACCAGGCCCUGGCAGAUCACUCAAUGUCUGAUAAGCCCAGACUCAUUGAUGGCAUUGUUCUCACCAAGUUUGACACGAUUGAUGACAAGGUUGGCGCUGCCAUCUCUAUGACCUACAUCACAGGCCAACCGAUUGUGUUUGUGGGCACUGGGCAGACCUACAGUGACCUGCGUAGCCUCAAUGCUCAGGCCGUAGUGAGUGCCCUCAUGAAAGCCUGAGUGAUCCACACACCGAUUAACAACAACAUGGGUCACCUAAGCCAGGUCCUGGGAGACACUUCUGUCUGGAGGUUUUUCCACUUUUCCUCCAGCCGUCAAAUCUGCUUAAUCAACAUGGUCUUAACCAAAUUCAUUACAGUUCCUGACCUUAGGAGAAGAGAAGUAUCGAUUGGGUUGAAAGAUUUGUCGGAAAUAAAUCCAGAUUGUAUGGUUGUAACUCAGGACCUCGAUGACCCCUGUUGAUUGAUUGAUGUGCUGACAAAGCCAGUCACACCAGCGCUUACCUGCUAUUGCCCGCCUGCUGCCUCCAUAUAGACCUUUCUGUCACACCAGUCAGAGAUUUACAUACAUUCACACAAACCCACCCGGCUUUCAUCCAGCAUGGUCUGGAAACAGGGAGGACUAGUCAACUUUAUCAGCACAGAGGAAGCGGAAGAGAGAAAACUCUUUCACACUCCUCUUGCCUGACCUUACGGGGCCAACUCGUGUGUUCAUCAGAUCAGCUUUCAAUUCAGUUAUUAAAACAAAACAAAGCAAAACAAAAAUGGAACAAAUAUAAUAAAGUAAAUCUAAUAUAUUCCAAAUGCAUAUUCUAAAAUGUGUAAUGUUUCUUUUUCCCUUUUGUGUUUUCUUAGUGAAACUUUUAUAAUCAUGCUUUUGAUAUUAGGGAAGAAUUUGCAUCAUGAGUUUAAAAACAUACAAACAAAAAAAAAACAAAAACAAAAAAAAAACACCAAACAAAAACAAUCAGUGCAUAAGAAUGGGCCCACAUUGGGGGGGAAAAAAAAAACAAGAAAAAAAAAACGUAAGCAGUUCUGAAAACUUGUGCAGUGUGACCAGUGGCCCCUCCCAUCCCAGGUUGAGACUUAGUUACCAUAGUGCCUGUUCACAUCCAGUCCUGUGAGGAAUCACCACUGCAUGGGUGUCUGUUCAGUGUCGUGAUUUGGGCUAGUUGGGCUCUCGCAUGAUAACAAGCCUAGGUUCUACCUUUAGCCCUUUAUUAGUACUCUACCAUAAUUAGUUGGAUCACUUCCCUCUGGACACAAACCAUGAACUGACCUGUCAGGACAGGUUAAGCCGAUGAAAUGGAGCACAUGCUUUCAGUGGUACUGCGGUUUAAGGUUGGUAAUGGGAGUUGGUUGACGUAAACUGGGGCAAGGAGGAUCGCUCUGUUCAUACUGGCAUGGUGGUUUGAGAAGCGCUCUGAGCUGAGCCGGGCUAGGCCUGGAAUGGUCAGGCUAUACUUAUUUACUUAAGGGGUUUUUUUUUCUUUUGCGGCAUAUUUGCCAUUGUACCUUUUUUUUUUUAUCGUCCCUGAAUUCAAUCAAUUUAGAGCAAAGCCCGGUUUAGUUCUCGACUUCACCUCCCUUAAUUUGCAACAACGGAAAGAUAGAAAUAUGUUGUCAUAAUUUAUAAGAAUGUAUAUUUGUAAAAUAAAGCUGCUA